AAUCAGGUGCUGUUUUCACAUUUGGAAAAAGCAAAUUUGCAGAAGAUAUUCCUAGCAAGUUCUGGUUCAAAAAUGACAAGCCUGUACUUAUAUCAUGUGGAGAUGAACAUACCGCUAUUGUUACAGGGAAUGGUAAACUGUACAUGUUCGGAAGUAACAACUGGGGCCAAUUAGGACUAGGAUCAAAGAACACUGUCAGCAAACCAACAUGUGUUAAAGCUUUAAAACCAGAAAAAACAAAACUUGCUGUUUGUGGAAGAAACCACACUUUAGUUUACACAGAGAAAGGAAAUGUGUAUGCUGCUGGAGGUAACAGUGAAGGUCAGUUGGGAUUAGGUGACACAGAGGAAAGGACCACAUUUCAUUUAAUUAGCUUUUUUACCAACCAGCACAAGAUCAAACAGCUAGCGGCUGGAUCAUACACCUCAGCAGCAGUAACUGAGGAUGGGCAGCUUUUUGUGUGGGGUGACAAUUCGGAAGGUCAGAUUGGCUUGGCUGAUGAAGCCUGUGUCAGUGUCCCUUGUCAAGUGGAUGUUGGAAAACCUGUUUCCUCUGUAUCCUGUGGAUAUUAUCACUCUGCCUUGAUAACAGGAGAUGGUAAGCUCUAUACGUUUGGAGAACCUGAGAAUGGGAAACUGGGAUUACUACCUGAACAGCUGAAGAACAAUAGAGUCCCACAGCCUGUACUGGGAAUUAUGGAAAAGGUUAAUAAGGUUGCUUGUGGUGGAGAACACACAGUGGUGCUGACAGAGACAGAUGUAUAUACUUUCGGACUUGGACAAUAUGGGCAGCUGGGACAUGGUACUUUUAUUUUUGAAACUUCAGUACCAAAGUCUGUGAAACACUUGAGGAGGCACAAAAUAAGUAACAUUACAUGUGGGGAAAAUCAUACUGCUGUAAUUGCAGAGAAUGGCCUCAUGUUUACUUUUGGAGAUGGGCGACACGGCAAGUUAGGACUUGGAGAAGAGAAUUUUACAAAUCAGUUUGAUCCCACUCUAUGUUACAAUUUCUUGAAGUUCACAGUCCUUUUGGUUGCUUGUGGUGGUUGUCACAUGCUAGUUUUUGCUGCACCAAGACCUAAAGGAUCUGAAGAAAUAUUCUUAGAAGAUUUAUAUGAGCGCCAUUUGACUACUACUAUCUCUAAAAUAAGUGGAGACUCAUUACUAACAAACACCUUACAACUAACAUCAGCACGAAUGCGACGUCGAGAGAGGGAAAAGUCACCGGAACAGUUUAUUCGAAUGGCACGAACUCUGCCUCCACUGGGAGAAAGCUUCUUAAAAUCUUCAUUGCCUGUGACUAGCAACACUAGCCCACUCUGUUUUUCUGCAACAAGUCUUCCUAAAGCUGAACCUAUGAAGGAUAAAGACCAUGAGAAAGAAAAGAAUCAUCAAAAAGAUAAAUCUGGUGAAGUCUCUGCAGAAGAAGAUUCAGAUAAUGAAAAUAAUGACAGAAACCUUGGAGAUACAACCGACAUCCUAAAUAUGACACAUGCAAUGAAAUUGAAUCCCAGUGACCAGUCCUUAAAAUUAUCACCACUCCAAAAACAAAAGAAGAACAAUAAAAAUGUGAAACUGAAAAGAGAUGGUAAGGGUGGGCUGAAGAACAAGGAUUCUGAUUUCAUAAAAGAGGGCUCAGAAUUAGACUCUGGCUCUUUACAAAAGCAGUCUUCACUUUCAGAGUUGCCAGGACCAGAUUUAGAAAAAAGUAGUGCCUUUGUAGGAAAGCCUGUGGCCAAAAAAAAUACAAUGAAAGGUAAAUCUGAGCAGGCACAAAGUGUUAGUGCUUUGAAAAGUGGUGUUCAACAAAUUACUAGCGACAAAUGCAGACUAGUGAAAAGGGAAGAAGGAUAUGUGGAAAAUCCUGAAUUUGUCAGAGAGGAUGUAACUUAUAAUCUUCCAAGUGAAAAACAAAAUCUGACUGAAAAAGCAAAUUCUUCCAAUAAAAAUCCAAAAGCUGUUAAAUCUAAGCAAUCCAUUAAAAUAGAUGUACUUCCUUCUGCAUCCAGGGAUCAGCCUCAGACCGAUUCAUUAAUUGUACAAAAAUACAAUCCUGCUAAAAAGCAGGGAAGUCAAGAAGCAAUAGAAAGUCAAAACAAAAUAAAGGAUGUUGUUGGAAAGUCUGAUAAAUGUGAAAGAAUAUGUGUCUCAAGAGAAGAAAUUAGUGAAGAGCAGAGAGGAUUUAAAAAAAAGGAUCGAUUUUUGAAACAAAUACCUGUAACUGUGUCAUCAUUUUCAACUGAGGAAAAUAGUAAUGAUCUUGCAAAAUAUGUACUUAAGAGUAGGAAAAAAGGAGAGGACUACUAUGAAGGCAGACAGGUCCAGAAGGCAAUGAAAACAGUAGACAAAGUGAAAGAUUUGGACUUAGAAAAAGAUGACAGGGAGAUUGAGGAGAUGCAAGCUACAAACAGUGAGAAAGAAUAUGUAGCAGAGACUGCUAUGAAAAGCCUGAAUGAGGAAGAAACAAACUCUGAAGCCGAGUCUCAUGAAGACAGGCGGUUAGAAAUGAAGAAUGAGGAGGAAUCUAAUCAAGAGCAGGAGAGUGAAGGCAGUGAAAAGGGUGAAAGUGAAAAAGAAAAACUAGAUGAAACAGUUGACAGUGAAGGUGAACUAGGGGAGGAAGAAGAAGAGAGUGCAGUUAAAAAAGAUAGACAUGAAGUUUCAGUAGAAAGAGAUGAAGAGGAGAAAGAUAAUGAUGAAGAAAAUGAAAGAGAGGAAUCACAGGCUGAAAGAGACAGUGAGAAUGAGGGUGCAGAGGAGGUUGCAGAGAUUGAUCAGGAAGAUGGCAAAGAGCAAGGAGAUGAGGAAGGCAGGUUGAUGGAGGAAGAAGAAAUGCUGAAAAAGGAGGAACAGGUUAAAAGCGAGGAAAGAGAUGAGACUGAGGAAGGAGGUGAAGAUAGAGAGGGAGAGGAAGAAAAAGAGGUAGAGGCAGAAGAGGAAGGAGAAGAUGACAAGGAAAAUGAAGAAAACAAAGAAAGGGUGAAUGAAAAAGACAAAGAGGGUGAAGAGGAGGGGUUGGAAGAAUCGUUGGGAGGGAGGCAAGAAGAAGAGGUAUCUGAAGAACAGGAAGAGGAAGAUGCAAAUAGGAGGACUAAGGAGGUGGGGGAGGAUGGAGUGGAAGAGGAAGGAGAAGAAGGGGAGGAUGAAGAGGAAGAGGAUGGAGUAGAAGAAGAAGGAGAAGAAGGGGAGGACGAAGAGGAAGAGGAAGAUGCAAAUAGGACUAAGGAGAUGGAGGAGGAUGGAGUGGAAGAAGGAGAAGAGGGGGAGGAUGAAGUGGAAGAGGAAGGAGAAAAUGAGGAUGAAGAGGAAGGAGCAGAGACAGAAGCAGAAAGGGAAGAGGGGGAAGAAGAUGAAAACAAGGAAGAGGAGGAGUGGGAAAAUGAAGAAGAGGAAGGGGAAGAAGAUGAAGACGAGGGAGAAGGGGUGGAAGAAGAUGAGGGAGUAGGGGAAGAAGAAGAAGAGGGAGAAGAGGGAGUUGAAGAUGAGGGAGAAGAGGAUGUGGAAGAAGAAGAGGGAGUGGAAGAAGAAGAGAGAGAGGAAGAAGAAGAGAGAGAGGAGGAAAAAGAGGAAGAGGGAGGGGAGGAAGAAGAAGGGGAAGAAGGAGAAGAGAAAGAAAGGGAUGUGGGAGAGGAGGAAGAAGAGGAUGAGUCCAAACAGCAUGUAGCAAAUGGUUUACAUAAUUCAGAACAGUUUUGGAACAAUGUGCUACCUCAUUAUUUAACACUAAAGUAG